AUGAUACGGUACUCCAUGCUCACCUGCCUGUUCAUCAGCACCUUCACUUCUUCAAGCGCUCAAGGCAUCCCUAAAGGGUUUAUAGGUUGUCACAAAUUAGAAUCCGACGGAUUACCCUAUUACUCUUAUCCCUCUGAUCCAAGUUUGCCAUUUGCAACCGUGGACCAAUGUGUGGCGAAUUGCCUUCAGAUUAACGGCGGUUACAACUUUGCGUUAUUCUGGCACACUCUCGACCCCAAACAUCCGGGGAAGACAGUCCCCAAUUGUAGAUGUUAUCCUUACACUGUUAACAUCCCUUACGUCCCAAGCGAUCCAUAUGGUGAUUGCGAGUUCCAAGGUAUAAGACAUGUCUAUGCGGAAUUCAAAACUAAGCCCUCAUACACUUUCACAGGCUGUUGGUCUGCCCUUAGCUCCACCGCUCCUACGCCGUUUACGGUCCUUGGUAUCGCGGGGUGCUUGGAGAAUUGUAUCUUCAGAGAUACUCAGAAGACCUUACGAUACGCCAUAGUUCAAUCGGAUCCUCGAGGGGAUUGGUUCUGCCGUUGCUCACAUGCUGAAUCAGACCUUUUACCGGUUUCGCAAAGGACGAGAGCAAAUUGCGAUACGAGGAAAAUGUAUAUUUAUCAAUACCCUGGGAACGUGGGUCCCAGCCAAGCUGCCAAGAGAAGAGAGAAAUACAUGGGACUGGAGAAGAGGAACGAUGAGGAGGCAUCAUGCCCGUUGGGAUUGGAAGCUUGUCCAAUCUCGGUAGAAGGGCAUCAUGGUGAUUAUGAGUGCGUCGAUACCAGCAUCGAGCUGGAGUCUUGUGGUGGAUGUAUGAUUGGAAUCAGUCCCACGGGGGUUGACUGCACAGCCCUUCCUGGUGUAUCACCUGAAUCAGUGCUAUGUUCAUCAGGUACCUGUCAGGUGCUAGGAUGCGAGGACGGGUAUGUCUUGAUUGACGGAACUUGUGUGUCAUGA